GAAGUUGAACUCCCGCCUGGAUGGGAGGCGGGAGGGAGCCCGACUCCUGUUGUUUUCCGCGAGCCGGAGUGGGUGGCGGGCGCAGGGGGCGGGGUGCACCCUCCCACCCUGGCCGGGCGCUCCCGAGAGAGAGUCGCGCUCGGAACCCAGCGCAGCUGCUAGCCUCACACAUCGAGUUCACCCCAAGCAUCCUUCGUAGGGGCUGCGUAAAGUGGAGCUACUCAGUCGUUCCGAGGACCUGGGAGGAGCACUCAGUACCCCAGGGGCUGGGCCCUGAGGGGCGCACACCCAGCCUAGCCGGAGCCUGCGUUUCCCGAGGGGCCCCUGCCCACAACUGGGGCGAGAUGGCCGCAGGCGUCCGGGUGCCGGAACCUCAGGUCCUCGUCUGCCUCUGGGCGCUCCUCACCCGCUGGGUCGCUGCAGGACUGGAGGCUGCUGUUAUCGGAGAAGUUCAAGAGAAUGUCACGCUGCUCUGUGGCAACAUCUCAGGACCAAGGGGCCUCGUGACCUGGUAUCGGAAUGACUCGGAGCCUGUCUUCCUCGUGUCCUCCAAUUCCAGUCUGCCGUCAGCCCAGCCACGCUUCUGGCUGGUGAAUGCCAGCUCCCUGCACAUUGAGGCACUGAGCCUGCAGGAUGAGGGGAACUACACCUGCUGGGAGGUCCUGAACGAGACUCGGUGGUUCCAAGUGUGGCUGCAGGUGGCCAGAGGCCCCUGUGAGGUUGAGGUCAACAUCUCCAGCACCGGCAGGCUCCCCAACGGCACUCUCUAUGCAGCCAAGGGCUCCCAGGUGGAUUUCAGCUGCAGUAGCAGCUCCUGGCCUCCACCCAGGGUUGAGUGGUGGUUCCAGGCCCCAGAUUCUAGCCCUGAGCCCUUUGGAAACAACAUGACGGCCAGCUGCUUCACUCUGUUGCUGAUGUCGCAAAACCUGCAAGGGAACUACACCUGUUUGGCCACAAACAUGCUCAGCGGGAAGCAUCGAAAGGUGACCACCGAGCUCCUGGUCUACUCACCCCCUCCAUUAGCUCCUGAGUGCUCAGCAGAGAUGUCACCAGGAUUGCUCACGCUGAAGCUCACCUGCCGCUGGGCUGGGGGAUACCCAGACCCAGAAUUCCUGUGGACAGAAGAGCCAGCAGGUGUGGUUGUGAGGACAUCAAAGCUGGGAGUGGAGAUGCUGAACCAGUCCCAGCUCUCAGAUGGCAAGAAGUUCAAGUGUGUCGGGAGACACAUAGUGGGGCCGGAGUUGGGAGCCAGCUGUGUGGUACAAAUCCGGAGCCCCUCUGUUCUCUCUGAGCCCAUGAAGACUUGCUUUGUGGGGAGCAAUGUGACACUCACCUGCCAGGUGUCUGGAGCCUCCCCGCCUGCCCAGAUCCUGUGGCUGAGGAACCUCACCCAGCCCAAGACGGUCAUCCAGCCCAGCAGCCACUAUCUCAUCACCCGGAGUGGCCAGAGCUCCACCCUCACCAUCCGCAACUGCUCCCAGGACCUGGACGAGGGCUACUAUGUCUGUCGGGCUGAGAAUCCCAUUGGGGUGAGAGAGGUGGACAUCUGGCUGAGUGUGAAGGAACCUUUAAACAUCGGGGGGAUUGUGGGCACCGUCGUGAGCCUCCUCCUCCUGGGCCUGGCCAUUCUCUCCGGGCUCAUGCUGUAUUACAGCCCCAUGUUCUGCUGGAAAGUGGGAAACACUUUCAGGAGGCAAGACAUGGGUGAUGUCAUGGUUUUGGUGGAUUCAGAAGAGGAAGAGAUGGAGGAGGAGGAAGAUGCUGCAGAAGAGGAAGAGGAGGAAGCAAGCGACAGGGAGGAGUUUCCCAGAGAAAUAACCAAGUAUGGCCACAUCCACAGAGUGACUGCGCUGGUGAAUGGUAACGUGGACCAGAUGGGCAAUGGCCUCCAGGCUCUGCAGGAUGACAGCAGUGAGCAGCAGAGUGACAUCACUCAAGAAGACAGGCCAGUUUGAAGAAGAGAACUGUCCUUUGUUAGCCCGUCUCGAAAGCCUGGAAAGCCACACUGAAGAUGAGUUUUGUAUUCUGCUUUACUUGACUUGCACCCCUGCCUGAGGGCUGAAAACAGUUUGGGGCUCUCAGUGGAAAAAGGAAAACAACACACAUCUUUCCUUCUCUUUUUUUUUCUCCCCCUAAAUUGGUUCGAUUUACUGUAAGUUUUCUCAACAAUGUUGAAAAGCCUCGGGAGUGGGCAGCGCUGGGUGGGGGAAGCUGCUUUGAGAGGCGCCCCUGUGGCUGUGACCUCUGGCUUUCUCUGGGGUGACUGAUGCUGAGUUGGGGGGAGUGGGGGUGGGGCAUGCAGCCUUAGUGCACUUUGUCGCUGUGAAAGGUCUGUAACCAGCCUGCCCCUGGCACACAGGGAAUAGUGUGGGGGUGGUGAGGACGCUUCCUUCUUCGCUGCCCAGGUGCGCUGAGGAACCAGGCAAACAUCAGCUCUUGGGAGAAGGCGAGGAAGGGUCAGCUGCUGAUGCUAAUCAGAAGAAGGCAGUUUGGUUCAGGUUUUGAGUUGGAAACACCCGGGCUUGAAUCUAGACCUUGAUGGUUACCUGUUUCACGAGCUGGGGCAGGUAGCUUUACCUCUCCCCUGAGCCUCAGUUUCCUCAUCUGUGAAACAGGUGAAACGACAUCCACCUUACAGGGCUGUGGGGGGGGGGGGGCGAGGUACUUCAGGAUGUGAAAAUGCCAAGGAGGUGCUCCAUAGAUGUUAGUUAUCUUCUUUGCCUUCUUGAGCAGAAGGAAAAAAAAGUGUCAGCUCUUCAGUUAUAAACUGCUGCCUGGGCCUUUCAUUGUCUGAAGAAUGGUUUCAGACCAGGGCAUCAUCGGAGCUCGGCUCUCCUGAGGAUUUUUGCUUCCCUGGAGAUAGAAUUCUUCUCAAAAGAGGUAGGGGCUGAUAAGGGAAAGUGCCUUUCAUUAGAACCUCACAUUUUCCAGAGCAUUAUAUUUAUAGAAAAGCCUUUUAGGUAGUGUCCUAUUAGCUUGCAGACUUUCCCAUCCUUCCUUUCUCCUGUGGCUUUGAAAGAGGCAGGAGGAAGUUUUUGUAAUGGAGUACCUGAUGAUGUGGACUCCUUGGGCAGACCAGUUUACCUGGCCUCGGUUUCUUGAUCUUGGAAAUGGGAAAACUUCUUUCUUUCCUACUUCUUUUUGUUUUUGUUUUGUUUUUGGCUGUUCCCGCAGUACAUGGGAGUUUCUGAGCCAGGGAUCGUAUAUUUGAGCCUCAGCUGUGACCUACACCACAGCUAUGGCCAGGCCAGAUCCUUAACCCACUGCACUGGGCCUGGGAUUGAACCCAAGCCUCUGCAGAGACAGGGCGGAGCCUUAACCCGCUUCUCCACAACAGGAACUCCUCUUUUCUACUUAAGGAUGUUGUGAGGAUACACUGCUCAAUAAUGCUAAGUUUUGAAUGAAAAUAACACGUGAUGAGUUUAAGCUGCUGCUGUUUCCAUUAGAUCCCUGUACAGUUUAAAGAUUUUUUUUUUCUUCUGAUUUCACCCUAAUCUUUUCAAUGUCAGGGACCUUAUAAAGGUGUAAAAUAUGUAUGCUAAACUUGAAAAUCUGACUUGAAUUUGCACUCUUCAAUGUUGCAUAUCCUGCUCUAAUGGGCAAGACCCAAGGCUUAAAGGAGAAUGUCCCUUCUCUAAUAAUAGGACCUGGGACUCCUAGGAUGAGAAGCUGGUUAUCUGCAGGGUUACCCUGCAGUUGUGGUUGGGAGAGGUUUAUUUUCUUGGAACUAAACUGAGGAAGUCACUAGAAGUGAGCCCUGUCCCCAGCUUAACACUGGGGAGGUCAGGGGCUGGCUGUGGUGUCCAGCCUUCAGGAAUAGCUGUGCCCUGCACUUUCUCUUGUUGGGCUGGGUCUUCUGCUGCCUAGUACCUCACAUAUUUAACCACUUUAACCAGUCUAAGUUAGUGUCAUUUCAGAAUGGGAUACUCAGACAGGUUGUGUUUAAAGUCACUGAACACUGAGCUAGUCUCUCUUUUAGAGUCUUCGAUGAAUCCAUUCCUGGAUCUGACAGUCCAGUCUGCAGAGGCAACCAUCUUUGAAAAAGGAAAAAGCAAAGAAACUGUAGGGAAAAAAAAUCCCUAGCUGGGAACACAGAGAAUGAUUUGCAAGAUCACUGAGAUGCUUCCUGCGACUUCCUCUUGUCUUGCAUGCACACCUGAUGAUAGGAAAUCUUGGAGGGGGGAUUUUUCCACUAGCGAAUGGGAGCUUCAAGGUAUUGGUCCCAAACAUUAUAAACCCUUGUCUGGCUGACCUGUGAUUGCUGUCACUUAUAUCUGAGUGCUGUGUGCACAGAUAAUAUUGCUGGGUCAGUGAAGAGCUGAGGUCCUGGGGGUCUUCAAGCUUUAAAGAUUUUUAAAGAAUUAGGGCUUUUUCCCUUUUCUUUUCUUUAAAAUGAUCCAACCCCAAAUCCACCAGCACCUUGACAGACUUUCUGUGGCAAAGUUCAGCUUGUUACAUUGUGCUUUUAAAAAAAUCUUAUCUGAAUGUAUUAUGAACUGGAGACCAAGAGAUCUACUUAUCAGAACCUGGAAGAUAAAUACUUCAGGGCCAUCACAACUGACAUUCCCUUUCCUCAAAACCUGGACGACACUGGGGAAGGGGUCCCAUAAUCCUGUGGCUUUGAUAUUAGCUCCCAUUCUCACAAGGCACACAGAGACCCUACUAUUGUAGCGGGAAAAGCCAUGAUGGGAAAUUUCCCAAACUUAGGCACUGAAACCUGAAAAUCAUCCUUGCUGGGUAAAAUUUAUCAUGAUGCAAUAAGUGCCAACCAGUAUUUCUCACGAUGGUCCGGGCUAGGAACCGCUGCAAAAAGAAAUAAACAGAUCCCUCUGCAUUAUUUACAUUUUAAUAUUUGGUGUGGAGAAAUUCAUUCUGAGAUUAUAAUAUGGAUUUUUUAAGAUAAUGGAAUAAAGUUAUUUUUAAAUAA